AUGGCGCACCUGCACAAGUUGCAUCGCCGGCUGAGAGCUGGCAGUGCUGGCCGGGGCGAGCGGGGAUCCCAGGAGGGUCAGCGCUUUCGCGUGGACAACGGCUUCCUGAGGGCCGACUCCAAGGGUCUAGGCUUCCGGCAGAGGAAGGACCUCAAGAUGCUGAUCCCCGGUGCCGUGGCCGCUUGGGGAAGCUCGGUUGUUGGAGCGGAUGAGGGCGACGGCUGGCUGCGAGUCGAGGGCCGAGGGUUUCUGCCCAUGUUCGUCAACGGGAUUCCCGUCCUCUCCCCGGAGGGCCAAAUGGCGCCUUGGUCGGGUCACGCUCUGCCGAGCCCCGCGUCUCCGCGCUCUCAGAGAAGCGGGUCGAGCGCAGGUGCUUUUGCAGACGCAGACACGCAGCUCGCCCCGUACCCGCCACCCUUCGGCGCUCCCCUUGCUGCCGGGGUUCUCCCGGCGAUGGGUCCCUUGAGCUUCAUGGCCCCAAGUCAAAGCCUGGCGCCGGCUCCCUGUGCCCAGGCC